AUGGAGCCUGUGCUGAACAUCUGCAGUGCGGGGAGCGGAUGUGCCCCUGAACCCUGGCGCCUCCACCACUCCUUUCACAGCACAGGCCUUUCCUGCGCCCAGUACUGGCCCUGCACACAGGCCAUCUUGGGAGCAGCAUCUGCAGUUACUCACGACCCUGUCGUUCCCUCCUGGCUGCCCCUCGGUGCUGCCGGCUUUGCCCAGGGCACCUCUGGUGGCAGGAGUUGCUGGUCAAGGCCCCAUUGGGACUGGGACUUACAACAUUGUGAGCCAGGUCAGGUCAGAAGAGGGGCGACCACAGACCCCCUGACUCAGACCACUAUCCUCACUCAUGCUCCCCUCAACGGAAGUACUCCAGGGGCCCUCUGUGGAGGUGCUGCAUGUCCUGCACCCCUCUUCUUGGAAGACUCUGUGGUGGAGAUGAUUAUGUCUGCCUCGGCUUUUGGGGGCACCCAGGCAAGCGAAGGAGGCUGGCGUCCCGGCCUUCCAGCUCAAGCUCCACCACCAGCUGCCCAGCUGGCCCCCAUCGUGACCUCGAUGAACCCUGGGGCACGGCCACAUGGGGCUUCCAGGGAAGGUGGCCUGGCCACCUCCCAGUCCAAGGCCUCGCCAGAUGACUCCUGCAACCCCAAGAGUGUGUACGUGAACUUCCGACGUUGGCAGUGCUUCAAGGCCCUGGCCCGGGAGCACCUUCCCCAGAGUCCUGAUGUGGAAGCUCUUUCCUGCUUUCUCAUCCCAGAGCUGCGGUCCCUGUCCCGCCUGAAGCCCACCAUGGCGCUGGAGGAGGGAAUGUGGCGGGCCGUGCACGCGUGGCAGGGCAAAAGCAACUUUGACAGGAGGAUCUAUCACGAGAUGGCAGACAAGUUCAUGGAGUUCGAGGCGCAGGAGGAAAUGCGGUUUCAGAAGUUGCAGUUAAAGAAGGGGGCGCAGGGACAGCCUCCUCCAGCCCCACCAAGGCCUGAUCCUCGGGGGCCCCGAGCCCCAGUGGUGGGCCCACAGCCAGGUACGCCAGCAGGAUCCCCCAGGACCCCUGGCCAAAGCAACAGGGGUCACAUGGCUUCAGCUCCCACUCCCAGGAAGGCUGCACCCACGGCCCAGCGAGCCCGCACACCCCAGUGGUCCCAGGAGACCGAGUCACCCAAUGGGAUCCCUCCCGCGGCCGUGCAGGAGUACAUGGACCUCAUGGACGAGCUGCUGGGGCUGGGCCACUCAGCCGCAGGGGAGCCAGGUGGAGAAUGGGAACAGGACAGAAAGGAGUCGCAGCAGGGAGAGGAUCUCCUGAGCUACCUGGACUGGUUGUGCUCCCAGGGAGACCUCAUGACCAAGGUGGAGGUGCUCGUUGACUCCCACCUCCAGGAACAACUGUUUUCCCCAGAAGCACAACAGGAGCUCUUGGCCCUAGCUGAGGAGUUGGAGCAGGAAGCAGGACUCACUCCUGCCCAGGUGAGCCAGGGGAUGGUGGUACCCCUGCUGGUAGAGAAACGACUCCUGGCCUCGGAGGAGCAGGAGGAUGGGCAGGCACCCCCGAGUCACGGCGCUCCCCUGUUGGACCCAAGUCCUUCUGAGUCUGCAGCUGGCCAAUAUGCCCAGAGGCGUGACCAUGGCCCCCAGCUGGGGGUCAAUGACAAAGCCUACCCACCAGAGACUGACUUCAAGGACUGUCAAAGGCACAUUCGAGGAGAUGUCAAGGUGUCCAGGACCAAGGAGUUUGCUGUCUCUUCAGGACGUCAGGAGUACCCACCACUCAGGGGUCAAGGGGUCCCCUCUCCUCCCCAGGGUCACGGGCAGGCUUACUCUGGACUGGGACCCAGGGACGCCUCCAUUCCCAGAGAGACCUCUCUUCUUGCUGAGACUCUGGGGCCAGAGGGCAGGUCCAGUGCGGAUGAGGAGGACCUCCCCAGCCUGGCCUUCCUCUGGGCCUCUCCUAGGAGCCUGCUGCCCUGUCAGCUCUCUCUGAGUCCUGUCCCUGCCUCGGGCCCUGUGCGCCCUGGAGGUCGGGGGCCCCGGGGAGCUGCCCAGUCCCAGUUCUGUCAGACACUAGGGCUCACGCGAGCUUCACCUCCAGCUUCCAAGCCCGGGAAGCGCGCUCUGGCUGGAAGCCCAGCCCGUGCUGAGAAGACCCCCCUGCCAGGGGCCUACCUCGGGGUCUGCGGGAGGCCAACAGUGGCUUUGGGGCUGGUUGGCCCCUCACAGCCUCAAAAGAGAAAGUGUGACGAGUCUGUCACAGGGAGCUGGAGGAAGCGGCACUGCAGCCAGUAUGGAGCAGUGGGGAGUCCCUCCCUCUGCCAGCCCGUGGAGGAUCCCAGACUAGAUGUGACCUGGCUGUCCCCCAGAGGAGUCAAGGGCUCCUUCUCAUCCCAGGGCUGA